CUUUCCUGACACUGUUCUCUUCCACGAUCGCUGUCUGACUGAGUGUUCGACUCAACCGGGUCACGUUGGACGGUGGGUCCGCAGAGUCGGCUGUGGAGUCCUGCCAGGUUCCUAGAGGUGUGCAUUAGCGACCAGAUUGCAUGGCAUUCAAGGUACACAGGUGACUUCAAACCAUCGCAGCAGACAAUGAGCCGUUUGUAGGAACUGCGCUCGAGGCGUGUCAUUUUGUAUAUAUACAGAUAGUGGUUAUAUGCCGUAAGAUAUAUGGGACUAUUUCUCGAGAAAGGGCGGAUUUCGAGAACCACGAUGCCUUGUCAAAGCUCCUGAAAGGGGUCCAUCAUGGCUUGGGAUAGUGCCUAUAUUUAUAUCGAUUUAGUCCAUCUGACAGGCGUGCUCUCGGCGACGGAGUCCAUUCGUCAGCAUUGGCGCUCAGCUCAGCCGCUACACAUCUGUAUUGAGAUAAAACUUUGUUCUCAGCCCUGUGGCCACUUUCGAGGAGGCUCAUCAGCCAGUCUUCGUCACGAUGGCUUCUGUGACGAGCGAUCAGUGUUCGGGAAUACGAGUAGCGAAAGGCCGCCCUGCCAUGGUGAUUUGGCCGAGCUGAAGGUUUAUAUCCGAGAUAGAUACGGAACAUCAUUGAGAUUGAAGUGGGAUGAACUCAGAGAAACAACGGUGGGCCAUAUUGAUUGCUUGAUUGUUGUUUGUCAAGAGAGUCGAGUCGCAAAGGCGGCGGCGUGGGGGGAAGCCAGAAGGCAUGCAUGCACUAAACCAGAUCGACUCCGCAAGCAAACUGAAAGCAAUCAACAACAACUUCUCCAGCCACAGCCCAGACUUUCAAAGCCUCAACAACAACACGAGGCUGACCAGAUGCAAAAGAACAGAGGCUCAUCAGGCCUCCCCCGCAUUCAGCUACAAGGCAUCACGCGCAGAGUAAGCGAGGUGACACUCUAUGCCUCUCGAAGUCAAUCCCCCGUAUUCGUGCAGCUCUUCAGUUUGUUGAUGUCCGGCUUGCUCAGCACAUCACUCGGCCUUCACCAUCGACGUUCUGCACUUGUGCAAGUGAAUUGGGUGUUGGCUAACGCCAAGAUGAACCAUUUGGUCCUGUAGCUGCCAAGGCUACGGUCGCUGUUCUGUAGCGCCGUCCAACCGACUUCAACAGCGCUGCCUCCGACAGUCUUUGCGCGAGGCUGCUCAUCCCUGUUCGAUUAGAGAGUCACCUGCGGCUCUGAAUCCCAUGCUAUUGCACGGAUUGAUGAGCUAGAUCCACGGGUUUGAGACGAGACUCUGUGGUUCAGACGAACGAGAGAUGGCAUGCGAUGUCAAAUGAUAGAUACUGAAGGAUAGUCC